AUGCUUUUGGAAUCUCUCCAGUCUGGAAAGCAAAUUUAUCAUUUUCCACAGCAGGGGGAUACAGAAAAUCUUGCAAAAUAUAUUUACUCUUUCAUUAGCAACUACAAAGCUACCAUCAAGAAAAACAACCAGAUUUUGUCGAGUUCCUCCGAUAAAGAUGACGACGUUGAGUUUCGCGAUCAAGGAUUCACGCGGCCAGUUGUUCUUGUGUUGGCUCCAUUUCGAAACUCGGCCUUUGAACUGGUCAACUCUUUAAUUGAGACCUCAUCUAUUAAGACUAUCCAGUCGCGUAAACGUUUCCUAGCUGAAUUUGGUCCUGGUGAGCAGGAGCAGAGACAAGAACAAGACUUGUUAACAGAAGACGACAGCACUAGUUGCGAAAAACGUGCUUCUUUGGGUUCUUACAAAAAACCCCCAGAUGGUGAGACUGUCCAUUCUGACAGCGAUAUGACUGCCUCCGUCAGCGAAUCAGACAGCGACCUCAUCAGCGAGUCAACGGCCCCCAUCAAAAGGAAGCUUCCAGAAUCACCUUUCAAAGGAAAUGUUGACGAUCAUUUUCGUUUGGGCAUCCGCAUUGGGUCUCGAUCGAUUUCUCUAUACGAAAAGUUCUAUGGCUCGGAUUUAAUUAUUGCGUCGCCUCUUUCCCUACGUAUCCUUAUCGGCUCAAAAGGUGAUACCUCAAUGAAGCAUGAUCACGAUUUUCUUUCCUCGCUUCGUCUGUUGAUCAUCUUGGAGGCAGAUGUCAUCAACAUGCAAAAUUGGGACCAUUUGCUGCACGUCCAUGAACAUAUCAAUCUUAUCCCGACAAAGAGCUAUGCGUGCGACUUUUCACGCAUCCACCCACUGCUUUUGGAUGGAAAGGGAAAGGAGGCUCUGCAAACUUUGAUAAGCACCAAAUAUGCGACUCCGGAAAUCAAUUCCUUCUGGAGAGCCCUACCAAAAGAAAAAAUCGGCUCGACAAUCACAGCCUCUCCCUCUAUCAACACAUCUAUGCCGCCAAAAUGGACCGCUGGCUGCAAGCUGGCAAUUAACUUUUUUUUGAAACGCUCGGAAGAUUCCGUCAACACGAUAUCUUAUUUUGAUAGCGAAGUUCUAUCUGCCAUUGCCAAGAUGAAGGGAAAUCCCCAUCCCCAGCGCAUUUGUAUUUAUGUACCCUCGUAUUUGGACUAUGUACAAAUAAAAGCGAAGCUCCAGGAGAGAGGUGAUAUUGCGUUCAAGGCCGUUUCGGAUUACUCGUCAGACGGCGAGAUUAUAGGCGCCAGAUCUUCGUUCUUCAAUCGUCACACGCGUGUUCUUCUGCUCUCCGAAAGGCUGCUGUAUUUCAAGCGACUUCUUUUUCGUGGAAUCGAGCAGUUGAUCUUCUUUGGCCCCCCGACUGACCCUUCUCUUUAUGACCAUCUGGUUCACUACUGCAUGCCGAUUGACAAUGGCGGCACAAAUUGCCAAGUGCCAACCGUGUCCAUGUAUGUCAACAUGCCCGAGGAUGCAUUGGCGCUUGAGCGGCUAGUCGGUCCCGAGCCUAUAGCUGCGCAUUAUGGACCAUCUGCCCUGAAUAGAAUGCUUGUCGAGCGAUGA